AUGGCGGAACAGGACUCCCAUUCUUCUCUUCCGUCAGUGACGCAGGUGGAUGAUGCUACUCGCCCAAACGGCAGUCCUCAGCAGAUGGACAGCUGUCUUGAAGAUUCUGAUGAACUAUACGACUCUCUAUCAGAGAGUACGGAUGAAUACAUUCCAGAUUCCACUUGCGAAAGUGACAGCGACAGUGACGUCAGCCUUAAACCAGAUUUAAAGACAAAACAUCAGUCUCUUGACCGUAUGCUGGAUGUCUUAAUGAGAUCCCCUGUCUGGGACACCGCAACGUCGGACGACGUGACCUUUGACAGACAGAGCCUUACGUCUGAAGCCUCUGGAGCAGAAGAAGAAGAAGAACCCCGUCCGAGUCAGAAAGUAAAAAACAAUAUAGUUGUCAGCGCGUGCCAGAAAAACGGUGAAAAGAGAGUGUACGACAGGAGAAACUAUUGCUUGUAUUGCUGUAAGCCCCAAGCUAAGAUUGCGAGGCACCUGCAACGUGCGCAUGAGAACAAUUUUGAUGUGGCUAAAGCUCUGAGCUUCCGAAAGGGUUCCAAGGAGAGGAAAAAACAUCUAGAUUACAUCCGCAACCAAGGAAACUACGCGCACAAUGCCGCAGUUAUGGAGUCCGGAACCGGGAAACUAGUGCCAUUUAAGCGCCCCCCUAAAGAAGUGCAGGCGAAUGACUUCAUGCAUUGUGCGUACUGUCAAGGACUUUUUAUAAGAAAGGUCCUUUGGCGACAUAUCCGUAGUUGUAAACUUAAACCUGGAUCGGCCGCCCCCAAACCAGGAAAGAACCGUGUUCAGUCUAUGUGUACAUACACUGGGCCUGUGCCUUCACACAUAACUAAACAACUGUGGGGAGUAAUCAGCGCCAUGAAUCCCGACCCAAUCACAGAUAUACUUAAAAAUGAUCAAGUCAUCACUGAAGUUGGGCAACACUUGUUAAAUAAAGGUGGGACGUCCGCCAAGAAUCAGCAGGGGGUGCGACAGAAGAUGCGAGAAAUGGGAAGGCUGAUUCUCAAUGCCAGGAAAAUCACCAGCAUCAAAAGUAUGGAAGAUACCAUAAAUCCAAGGAAGUACAUGGAGACGGUCAAAGCUGUCAAGUUUACAUGUGGGUAUGACAGUGAAACAAGCACGUUCUUGAUUCCAUCACUAGCAACCAAACUUGGAAAUUCCCUGACCAAAGUGAGCAGACUCUUAAAAGCUAAGGGUUUAAUCUCAAACGAUAAAGAGCUCGUGAAGAAGGCCAGUGACUUUCAAGAUGUUCAUCACGUGAAGUGGAAUGAGAUGAUCUCAGCUACAGCAUUGAGGAACAUCAGGGAAGCAAAGUGGAAUGUUCCCACUCUCAUGCCCUUCACGGAAGAUGUCCAAAAAUUGCACGCAUAUCUCAGCAAGGUGCAAGAUGAGUGGUCUAAAUUACUAUCUGAAAGCCCCUCUACAAAAGCCUGGAUGGAGCUGUCAAGGGUGUGUCUGGCCCAGAUCAUUCUCUUUAACCGACGCAGGGAAGGAGAGGUUGCGAGCAUGUCCUUAACUGCAUUUUCAUCAAGAGACACUUCUGAUCCACAUAAGGAUGUUGACUGGGCACUCUCUGAAGUGGAAAAAAAACUCUGCAGACACUUCUCAAGGAUUGUCACCAGGGGAAAACGUGGUCGCCCGGUUCCGAUUCUUCUGACUCCAGAAAUGCUGUGUGCAUUAGAACUCCUUGUUAAGCAGAGAGAAGCUUGUGGGGUUCUAAAAGACAACCAUUAUUUGUUUGCAAGACCAGAAGCUUUGACACAUUUCCGAGGUUCAGAUUGCAUUCGUGCCUUUGCAAACCUGUGUGGUGCAAAGUGUCCUGAGUCACUGACAUCUACCAGACUGCGAAAGCAUGCCGCAACCCUUUCAACGGUGCUGAACAUGACGGACAGUGAGAUGGACCAGCUGGCCAACUUUCUUGGACAUGAUAUAAGAGUCCACCGUGAGUUCUAUCGACUCCCUGAGAAGACCCUGCAACUUGCCAAGAUCAGCAAAGUUCUAAUGGCACUCGAGCAAGGAAGAUUAGCUGAGUUUCAGGGCAAGAACUUGGAUGAAAUUUGGAUAGGUCCAGAUGAAAAAGUUCAGGACUGUGAUGAGGAAGACAAGAGCAUACAGGAGGGACACUCUUCAUCCAUUAUUGAUGUACCUUCAGCUGAGGAGACACUUCCUACCACCGAAAGAAAUGAAAUGACACCACCACGACCCAAGAGACGCAAACCACCAUCAUCAGAAAAUGAGAUAGCUUCAGAAGUCAGCGCUAUAAGACCUUCAUCCAAUGGUGACGCUGCCCGGAGGAAGAAAAGACCCUGGCAGCAGAUAGAGGUGGAAGCGGUGGAGAGACACAUGCAGCGUUUCAUCACAUCUCAUAUUGUACCAGCAAAGAGAGACUGUGAGAAGUGUCUGAGGGCCGACCUAGACGCUCUGAAGAACCGCAACUGGCAGCACCUGAAAUUCUACAUUUAUAACCGCAUUACGGCCUUGAAAAGAAAAUUGCAAUGUAAAUAGCGUGACGAUAACCAAGUCUCGCUGCAGAGUCUUUUAGUUUGGCCCCUGACUCUCAUUAGAAUUCAGCCUGCUAGUGGAACCUGUAAACUCUGGAUCUAUACUCCGCGGUGUCCCCGGUGUAGCCUGCUGCUGCCUUUCCGCUUGAACCUUGCAUACUCUUGUGCCCCCGACUCUGAUUCCUGCUGCUGGUGCCUCUCAGAGCAGAGACCAACUCUUACUGUUUUUGGAUGAUCGUUUUAAUCACCUGACACUUUGGACACUUUUUUGGACUUGGAUGACCCUUCACCCCAGGCUACUGAUGCACAUGACCUUUAGUUCUGCUUUCCCAGCAACUGGAAAGGUCAUUACUUAGGGUUCAUCGCCUUGUUUUUAGUUUUUAGUUUAUUUUUUUAAACAUAUUUUUUAUUGAAGCAAUAUGUUAUACCAUCCACAUUGUACAAAAUUAUCGUAGAACAUUACAUUUAGAUACAGAAAGUAUUGUUGGCAAUUACUUGUGUAUUCUAUGGAGGUUACAGGUUCUAAUCAUCAUUACAAAUAAUAUUUGCCUAGACAUAAAGAACCUUCAACAUCCAAUAACACAUCAAAAUUAAACAAAUAGGAUUUUAAAUACCUACCAGUAAAUCCUUUUCUCAUAGUCCAUAAGGGAUAUUGGGGACAGAAAAGUACGAUGGAGAUGUCAGAAAAAGCUUCCAGAACGGGCGGGAACGUGUGGAGACAACUGCAGCACCGCCUGCCCAAACUGGGUAUCCUCUUUG